AGACAGGCAUUUGUGCAGCAAAGUCAAAGAGCUUACAAAAGACUGGCACCGUGUUUUGGCGGUGGACCUGACAAUGCCGGUGCUACUCAGUCUCUCCAAUCAGCGACAACAACUCAGAUCAAAUACUAAUAGUAUUAUAUUAUGCAGUUAUCUGAUGAGCUAGUAUAAGUGCAGAAACCAAUGAAAGCACCCAUUGAGGACUGAAACGUGGCAGCUAUGGCGGUUGACUUCUGUCUUUCUUUUCCGAUUGGAUUGACACGCUUCAGUCUCUGCGUCGUUUUUGUACUCUCCAUGUCGUUUUAUGUAGCUGGGUCUUGUGUCUGCUUACACUCCCAAAACGAUCCCACCUCUGAUUCGCCCAUUUCAAAGCAAUCCGUUCGCUUUCUCGCUGAAAGUAACGUGACCAUGAUUAGGCCUUUUAGAAAAUUAUGGGUAACGUUUCGAGACAAAUUUGGUACUUGUUCCCGUAAAUCUUUUGUGCAGGAUAGUAAGAGAAAUAGCAGAUGCUCAGAUAAGAUAACUGAAGCUUCGCAACUUAGAUGCGCAUUUAAGAUUCUAGAUGCCAAUUUCUUCAAUGAUGCUAAGGUGAUGGAGAUUGCAAAGGGUGCGGUGGAGUUUAAUUUGCCCGUGAUUAGAGCUAAUCGGAGAUUAGUUGCUUCUGAAAAUGGAGGAUUGCAUAACCCAUCUUAUUUAGUAUUUAAUCCAGAGUGGACUCCUGAGCACGUGGAAAAUGCAAGCAAAAGAUUUAACUAUCCUGCUCCCGUUGGCAUACAGAAGCCAAAAAGUGAGAAAGAUAUUGUCUUCAUGAGUGUACUUGAACUAGGAGAACUCAUUAGGACGAAGCAAAUUACAUCUCAGGAGCUUGUGGGAAUUUUCCUUGAGAGGUUGAAAAGGUACAAUCCUGUUCUUGAAGCUGUGAUAACUUUUACAGACGAAUUAGGCUAUAAGCAAGCAAAAGAAGCUGAUGAAUUGCUUGCGAAAGGAGUAUAUUUGGGACCUCUCCAUGGAAUUCCUUAUGGACUGAAGGAUAUUAUAGCAGUACCUGGGUACAAGACAACAUGGGGUUCAAAAAGUUUCAAAGAUCAAGUUCUUAAUAUUGAAGCUUGGGUUUACAAGAGGUUAAGGUCAGCAGGGGCAGUUCUUGUUGCAAAACUUGUUUCUGGAUCACUGGCAUAUGAUGACAUCUGGUUUGGGGGUAGAACGAGAAACCCUUGGAACAUUGAGGAAUUUUCAACAGGUUCAUCAGCUGGGCCUGCUGCCUGCACUUCUGCCGGUAUGGUCCCAUUUGCGAUUGGUUCAGAAACAGCUGGCUCAAUUACAUACCCUGCGGCUCGUUGUGGUGUAACAGCAUUGCGUCCAACUUUUGGUACUGUUGGUCGAACUGGUGUAAUGAGCAUAGCAGAAAGCUUGGAUAAGCUUGGUCCUUUCUGCAGAAGCGCUGCAGAUUGUGCAGUUGUUCUGGAUGCUAUUAGGGGGAAGGAUACUGAUGAUGUCUCCUCAAGAGAUAUUCCUUUUAAUGAUCCAUUUUCUGUUGACAUUACACAGCUUACUGUUGGAUAUAUGGAUGAUGCUGAAAUGGAGGUUGUUCAUGUGCUAAAGGAAAAAGGUGUUAAUAUGGUUCCUUUCAAACUGAAUUACACUGUUGACUCUGUCCAAGGAAUAUUAAAUUUCACAAUGGACAUUGAAAUGUUGGCUCACUUUGAUGAGUGGCAACGCAUUGGUCAGGAUGAUGUUUAUGAAGCUCAAGAUCAAUGGCCCACUGAGUUGGGUCGUUCACAUGUAAUUCCAGCAGUUGAUUAUGUGCAGGCGCAAAGGGCACGAGGAAAAUUAAUUCAGGAAGUCAAAAAGAGUUUCAGUGUCGACGCAUUCAUUGGCAAUGCAACUGACUGGGAAAAGGUUUGUCUGGGGAAUCUUGUGGGUCUGCCUGUAAUUGUGAUUCCAACUGGAUUUAAAAAUAUAUCUAAUCCACCUUCUGGAGGAAGCCGAAGGAGAACCACUAUCAACACUGGCAUUUAUGCUCGUCCUAACCAUGAUCACAUUGCUCUGGCAUUAGCAAUGGCUUACCAAUCUGUCACUGAUCAUCAUAAGCAGCAUCCACCAAUUGACAAUCUUGGGCCAAAUGACAAGAUACCCGAUCCACCUACGGUCAUUAUCCCUCCUAGGAAGUUGCACAAAUAAAUGUUUGGGAAAUCCCACAGUGUUUGUGUCUACAUCUUUAUUUUUGUUCAUAUAUGUAUGAAGGGAAAUGAAAAUUACAGUGGAUGAAAGGAAAGAUUUAGCACUACAAGUAGCACGAUGGUGCCCUUUUUCUUGAGGUUUUA